UUCGCGAUUGUCCGCAACCAAUGUAGAUUAUCGCGAGAAUCGCCAGUUAGUCGCUCUUCGAUCAUGGUUUCGUUCACAGUUGGAUUUGCUGCCAUCCUGACGGCAGCGCUCUUAUCAGCAUCCGAAGGCGCGGACACCUGUGGACAGAAGAAAAUAAUUGCGCAGGAGUUCAUCUCGAAUGGAUACAAAGCCUUGGCCGGUGCAUGGCCCUGGCACGGAGCGUUGUUCAUCAGGAACCAGCGAAGCCACGAGUAUGCCUGCGGAGUAACGAUCCUUACGGAGGAGUUCGUUAUUACGGCUGCUCAUUGUACGCUUGAUCCGAAUGAAGGUCAGCGACUUCCGGCAAGCCGAGUGUUCAUCAAAGUUGGACAGAAUAAUCUGGAUGCAACGGAAAAAUACGCCCAACAGCACAACAUCGACAGAAUCAUUCGCCAUGACGGCUAUGACGUAAGAACGUUCGAAGACGAUAUUGCCUUGAUGAAAUUGUACACGGAAAUAACGUUCAAUAGCGCAGUUCAGCCGAUUUGUCUUUGGCAGGGAGAUUCCUCGCUGAGUAAGGUCGUUGGAAAGAUUGGUCACAUUGUUGGAUGGGGCCGAAAUGAGCUAUUCGGGUUACCAAAAGAUUUAUACGAAGCUACAGUUCCUAUCAUCUCGAAACAGGACUGCAUCGAUAGUGAUCCAGCCCAUUACGACAAAUUUUAUCACGGAACAAAAACGUUCUGCGCCGGUUACGCCAACGGAACUUCUGCCGGGCAAGGAGAUAGUGGUGGUGGUCUUUUUCUACGUAUUGGCAAUCACUGGCUUCUGCGCGGUAUCGUCAGUAAUGGUAAAGUUGAUCCCAGUACAUUGGCCAUCAACAGUAAAAGCUACGUUACGUUCACCGAUGUCUCCAACUACUUGCCAUGGAUUGCAUCGUUCGUGCAGAUUACAACGACCGUAAAAAUCGAUUCAGUUUCCACCGAUCCUGUUGAGAAGCCCACCGAUAGAAAUGGCGGCCUUGCUAACCUGCUGGACAUUGCCGAUUGCGGGAAGGAUUCCUACCCAUUGGGGACUCCUGAAGAGUUAAAACGAUCGCUGAACCAAUACCCCUGGUUGGCGAUUAUAGAAUUUAUCAACCUUAAUACACGCGCACUUGAAGAUUUUUGCCACGGAGUGUUGAUACACCCGAAAUUCCUCCUAACUGCAGCCCACUGUGUGCAACGGAAACGUGAAUCAUCCAUUCGCAAUGUUCGGCUCAACGAUUACCGGUUGGAUACGAUAACGGACAUUUUCGAAGUGAAUGGCCAAACAAUUCGUACCACGGCCGAUCGAAUCGCCGUCAAGGGUAUUUCCGUUCAUCCACGCUACAACGAUCCCAAAUUUACCAACAACAUUGCCUUGGUAAAGCUUGGGGCUGCUGCAACUCAGAACCCAAUCUGCCUGCCCCUAAGAGGAUCCACACUGCCAUCGGAUAAAUCGUUCAACAUCAUUGGAUGGAAGAAAAGUUCCCGCGCGGAGAAGCCGCUGAUCCGGAAUGUGGUAUCGCUGGCCCAGUUCGAUGGCUGCAGGCAAAAGUACGCAGGAACCAACAUCCAGCUGGACACAACCGGAGGACAGGUGUGUAGCACCUACAACCACGAUGAUGACGAUAGCAGCUGCUCGCACUACAUGGGAUCGGCGCCGUUCCAGUACGUUAAGAAUGGACCGUUGAAGGGCCGAUACUUUUUGGCGGCGAUUUCCAGCUUCGGUCAUACCAACUGCAGGCGAGACGAUUUCUCCGAUGUGUUCACCAAUGUGGCUCACUAUGCCGAUUGGAUUCGUGAAAAGGUGAAAGCCAACGAAUGAUGAAACUGGCCAAAAAGCUUAACUAUUGUGACUAAGUUAGUAGAAAAUGGGAUUUAAAUGAGAUUAUUAUAAAAAUGAUAAAUUAAAAACGAACUCUCAAAUA